CAUGUCUUCAAAAUGGAGCAAGAAGAGUACACCAGAGAAGAAAUUGAUUGGAGUUAUAUAGAGUUUGUUGAUAACCAAGAUAUUCUUGAUCUUAUAGAAAAGGAAGAAGUAUUUCAUUUAGUUAGCAGUAUUGUCAUUUUAGUUGAGUUGAAGGAGGAGGAAGGAUGGGGGUCAUAACGCCCAAAAUUUCAGCAAAUGUAUUCUUGGCCGAUCAAGAAGGUGAUUGUCCA